ACUUUGGAAAGGGAAGGGGGCCAUAGAGACGAGCCUGGAAAAGAGGAGGGGGCGAGGGGGAAGGAUGGUCGUGGUCAGACAGCAAGUGGUCUGAAAACGAUUCGGGAGUGUUAGCGGAUCACAAGCUACAUGGAUGUCAGCCAUGGAAUGGAGCAGCCUGGACCAAGCUCACGGGAUAUUGGGCUGCAUUAAGACAGUCUGGAAGUAGAGCUAGCCCCGCUACCUACCGUUUGGCCGCCUUAAGCCCCCUCGGGAGUGUUGUGGCCAGUUGUGGGCAGACGGGAUGAGCAGAGGUCCGUGUCCUAUGCCAGAGGUGGUGAGGUGCCACCAGAUUGGGGAACUGAACGCUCACUGCACUUUUCAGGUGAAUUACAAAGACCGAUGAGAGGAGAGCACCCCAAAGCUGCCGAAGAAAAGCACCGUCCUGCCAAUUUCACAUUCGGUUUAGAAACAAUUUCACUUGGUCUCCAUCUUCACCGAGCAGAAAGAAACUCUAGCUUGUGGUAGGGUAGUGAUGUGGCUUUCGUUCACUCCCCCUCCCUCCUCAGCGAUGGGCAGCAGCCAGCCCCUUCCUAUCUCCGAAAGUGGCACGAAGAGAAAGAAAAAACGGAAGGCCCGAACGACUGACUCCUUGCCCGAGAGGUUUGAAGAUUUGUACAGACUGACCUCUGAGCUGCUUGGGGAAGGUGCCUAUGCCAAAGUUCAAGGUGCCGUGAGUCUCCAGAAUGGCAAAGAGUUUGCAGUAAAGAUCAUUGAGAAACAAGCCGGGCACAGUCGCAGCAGGGUGUUUCGAGAGGUAGAGACGUUGUACCAGUGUCAAGGCAACAAGAACAUUUUGGAGCUGAUCGAAUUUUUUGAAGACAAUGAGAGGUUUUACCUGGUCUUCGAGAAGCUGCAAGGAGGCUCUAUUUUGACCCACAUCCAAAAACGAAAGCAUUUCAAUGAACGGGAAGCUAGCCGGGUGGUCCGGGAUGUCUCCUGUGCCCUGGACUUCUUGCACACGAAAGGCAUUGCUCACCGAGAUCUGAAGCCAGAGAACAUCCUGUGUGAAUCCCCCUCAGAGGUGUCCCCAGUGAAGAUCUGUGACUUUGACCUGGGCAGCGGCGUGAAGCUCAACAAUUCUUGUACCCCCAUCACGACUCCAGAGCUAACUACACCGUGCGGCUCAGCCGAGUACAUGGCGCCUGAGGUGGUCGAGGUGUUCACAGAAGAGGCCACUUUUUACGACAAGCGCUGCGACCUAUGGAGCCUCGGCGUGGUUCUCUACAUCAUGCUCAGUGGCUACCCUCCCUUCGUGGGUCACUGUGGCAACGACUGUGGCUGGGACCGGGGAGAGGUCUGCAAAGUCUGCCAGGACCGGCUCUUCGAGAGCAUCCAGGAGGGCAAGUACGAGUUCCCCGAGAAGGACUGGGCGCACAUCUCGGCCGAGGCCAAAGACCUCAUCUCCAGGCUCCUCGUCCGAGACGCCAAGAAGAGGCUCAGCGCAGCCCAGGUCCUGCAGCACCCCUGGGUGCAGGGGCAGGCACCGGAGAGGGGACUGCCCACGCCGCAGGUGCUGCAGAGGAAUAGCAGCACCAAAGACCUGACGCUGUUCGCGGCCGAGGCCAUCGCCCUGAACCGGCAGCUCUCGCACCACGAGGAGCACGUGCUGGGCGAGGAGGCCCUGAGCGAAGGCCUCUGCUCCAUGAGGCUCUCCCCCCCAUCCAAGUCCUCCCUGGCCCGCCGGAGAGCCGAGGCUCACGCCAGCCGCCCCGGAGAGCCCGAGCCUGCCCCGGGGGCCCCGUGACGGCCCCUGGCUCCAGGGAUGGCCCCGGUGGGGAGGCCGGGCCGCCUCGCCGUCUGUCCCUCGGCCCUCCCCGCCUCCCCCUCCUGGUAAUGCCGCUCCCCCCCCCCCCCGGGGGCCUCAGCAAUGGAGCUCUCUCGGAGGGGCUGUCGGGAAAAGAUAAGUCACUUGUCACUUUGACGAAUGCGGUCAUUUCCUGCGGCUUCCGAAGCCGUCCGAGCCCGGCGCUGCUCCCAGGCAGCUCUGAGGAGUGUUUAGGCCGUCGCCGUCCAGAUCGCAGGGACCCCCAGCCCCAGCCCGCGACGGAAGGGGGUGCAGCGUUCUGAUUUUCCAGUUCAGCAAAUCAGAUCCAUCUUCCUGCGUGCGGCCUGUCCCGGGCUGAGGACGGCGUCGCUCUUGUGGGGCCGGGAGGCGCCCCUUCCCCGCUCGUACCUGCUGCUAAAGCCCAUUUCAGACGAAGAAAACGGUGUUCGCUGCCCCCAGAGGCCUCCCCUCGCCCGGCCCGGCCUUCCCUCCUGGUCUCCCUCCUCGCGGGAGCCUUUUUACGUGGAGACCUUGGCGCGGGCUGGGAGUCCCCAGAGGAUGGGCGGCUCACUCCCUGCUGCUUGGAGCCAGAGGAGGGGAGCCCGCCGGGGGCCUUCUGGACGUCCGAAGGGGCUGCUGGAUUCUGUUCUGUGCUGCAGACACGACCAGCAUUAAGGAAUAUGGAGUUGCCUAUUUAAGACUUUUAUACACUGUGACGGUGGUGUUUUGAGCUGUAGUUAUUUUAAUAAAAUUAUUUUAAGUAUA